AUGCUGAGCUCGGGGCUUCCUCCCGUUCUCCUGGUGCUCACGGUGCUGGAGCUGAGCUGGUCCCUGAGUGAUGAGGAGAAGAAGAUCAUCUUGGAUGGGCACAAUAAAUACCGCUCCCAGGUCUCUCCUCCUGCUAUGGACAUGCUGAAGAUGAGCUGGGACAAGGAGCUGGAGGCUUUUGCUCAAGCCUACGCAGAGAAAUGCAUCUGGGACCACAACAAGGAGCGGGGCCGGCGGGGGGAAAACCUCUUUGCCAUGGCCCCCACCCUGGACCUGGAGUUUGCUGUGGAAGACUGGAACGGGGAGGAGAAGUUCUACAACUUCACAACGGCCUCGUGUGUCCCCGGGCAGAUGUGCGGCCACUACACCCAGGUGGUGUGGGCAAGCACCCGGCAGGUGGGCUGCGGGGCCAAGUUCUGUGAGAAGAUCGAGGGCAUCGACACAGAGGACAUGUUCCUGCUCGUCUGCAACUACUACCCCCCGGGUAACCUGCGAGGCCGGCAGCCGUACCGGGAGGGACCCUCGUGCUCACAGUGUCCCCAGGGCAGCCUCUGUGUCGACUCCUUGUGUGAACCCAUUGUAGAAGAGACCACUCCAGCCCCU